CACACUCAAACAAAGACAGUCAGCACUUAAAAUUCCUGGGACGACCAUCCAGACAUGAAGAUCCUUGCAGUUAUUGCUAUUGCUGUUUUUAGUGGCUGCCAUGCCAGUGUUAUACGACAAGAUGAGGCCAAACCCAAUAUGGAGAUGGUAAAAAACGCAUUUUGGGAUUACGUGUCCAAGGCAACACUAACAGCUGAAGACAUCCUGCAGAAAAUUAAGGAGUCUGAAAUGGGGCAAGAAGUCAACACUAGGAUCUCUGAGAGUGGAGAUGCCAUCAAUGAGUAUGCUGUGGCUGUUAGUGGUCAAGUGACUCCUCUGACUCAGGAGCUGCUGGCUAAGAUGUCCCAGGAGGCUGAGCACCUAAAGGCACGUCUGCAGCAGGACAUCAGCUCUGUGCAGACCCAGCUGCAGCCAUAUAUCGAGGAGCUGACUUCAGAUAUCCAGCAGCAGGUGGAACAGUGGAAGAAAGACGUGGCUCCAUAUACAGACGCUCAGCAACCUGAGGCUCUCAGAACCGCUCUGCUCCAGAAGAACGAGGAGCUGAAAAUGAGUCUGGAGAAGAGUAUGAGUGAGUUUCAAGCCAAGCUGGGACCCCAAACAGAGGAGCUGGAGAAACAUCUUCAAGACUUUCAGAAAAACAUAGCUGUGUUCAUUCAGAACAGUGAGAAGGUGCCCCAGACACUGGAUCAAUAUGAUCAAGACUUGAAGACCCAACUCACUGCACUGUGGGAGUCAUUUGCCAAAAACAUCCAGUAAACAGAUUUGUUAUUUAUAUUUAUAAUCUUGCAAUGGACUAACAGAGACAUCUUAUGUAGUGUUGUAGCAGGUUUUCCUUUUUUUUCAGAAUUUAUGGCCAAUGCAAUAAAAUAUACCAUUUCAAACAAAUUGAAGUUUUCUUAGAAAAAUAUUAUUUAAAUGCAAAAGACUUAGGAACACAAGACAAAAAAAAUUAUAACUGGUAAUAUUGCAUUUAAAAUUCACAGAGACUUCCUGUUCUGGAGAAAGGCUAAGGGGCCAUUUGCAAGAGGUUACUUUCUUUGACUAAAAAGUGUUUAAAUGACUUACCAACCUGCAUUAUAGAUGAAAACAUGAUAGGUAUCAUAAUUAGUAUCAAGAAGGCAUCUUUAUACAUUAGAGUAGUUACAUAUCACAUCAUGGUUCUUUCUACUGCUUAUGUUUAAUAACAUGUGCAAAGUAUUAUACAUUUCUUUGCUAAUUUCAAAGUACUGCAUCUGAAGCAAUUAUCAUUUAUAAAUUGGCAAAUGUAUAUGCAAAAUCAUGAUUCUACUAAAUAGACAAUAUAGUGCCUAAGUGUUACUGUAUAGUGACGGUGGUGUUACCGCAUUAUAUGACCAAAGCACGUUAAUUGCAAUUUAGAUCUAUAGUAUACUGUUUUGUAUACGACUAUUUAUUAUACUAUUUCACAGUAAAGUAAAUCAAGCCUUGGCUUCUUACAGAGUUUCUGGACAGAGUUUAAUUUUUGUGAAGCUGCUUUGAGACAAUGACCAUCGU